AUGAGUUUCUGGUGUCGCUGUUUAUCGCGAAGACGCGGUGAGUUGCAGCGACAGGCGCUGUUCCAAGCGCAGUUUGAGCGCAUCCAGAGGGUGUACCCCGGUACGGGUUACGUCUGUCUCCUGGAUGGCGACACUGGCGCUAUGAUUGCACAAUCAGAGACGACGGACGUGAACACGGACGAGUUUACUCGCACCAUUAUGAACCUCAAGGACGCUGCGCUGCAGUUUGCGGCGACGCUGAACCAGAUUGACCCGCAAGUGGUGCAUGUUCGAGGAGCUCAGGGUAUGUUUUCCUGCUACGGGUCUGCCCACAUGAUCCUGGCCUUUUACAGUGACAUGUCUCGUGCAGACUUGGAGUCGCUCGACUGUUUCGAAGCAGACAAGAGCAUUGAAUCUAUCACAGGGGAACUGCACCGGAUCAUAGACGCCAGUCAAACGGGGAAACGGCGGAAUCGAUGCUAG